GGGAUGACGAGGUUUGCUUGCUUUCUCUUCUCUACCUUGCUCUUAAGUUUUAGCUAUGCAGCUAUAACACCAACAAGUCCUUUGUCAAUUGGACAAACUCUCAGCUCCCCUAAUGGAAUUUUCGAACUGGGGUUUUUCAGUCCUAAUAACUCUCGGAAUUUGUAUGUUGGAAUCUGGUUCAAGGGUAUCAUUCCCCGGACGGUUGUGUGGGUGGCCAAUAGAGAAAAUUCUGUUACAGACGCCACUGCGGAUCUAGCUAUCAGUAGCAAUGGAAGUCUUCUCUUAUUUGAUGGCAAACAUAGCACUGUCUGGUCCACCGGAGAAACUUUUGCAUCUAACGGGUCUAGUGCAGAGCUUUCAGACAGCGGAAAUCUUUUGGUCAUAGACAAAGUUUCGGGAAUAACUCUAUGGCAAAGCUUUGAGCAUCUUGGUGAUACUAUGCUACCUUACUCCUCCCUGAUGUAUAACCCCGGCACUGGUGAGAAGCGGGUAUUGUCUUCUUGGAAAAGUUACACUGAUCCAUUGCCUGGUGAGUUUGUGGGUUAUAUUACAACACAAGUGCCACCACAGGGGUUUAUUAUGAGAGGCUCGAAGCCUUAUUGGAGAAGCGGUCCUUGGGCUAAAACAAGGUUUACUGGCGUACCACUAACGGAUGAAUCAUACACACAUCCAUUUAGCGUUCAGCAAGAUGCAAACGGGUCAGUAUACUUCUCUCAUUUACAAAGAAACUUCAAACGUUCAUUGUUAGUAUUAACAUCAGAGGGGUCACUGAAGGUUACUCAUCAUAAUGGCACGGACUGGGUAUUGAACAUUGAUGUUCCAGCUAACACAUGUGAUUUUUACGGUGUAUGUGGACCUUUUGGAUUGUGUGUAAUGUCCAUUCCUCCAAAGUGUAAAUGCUUUAAAGGCUUUGUACCACAAUUCAGUGAGGAAUGGAAAAGAGGAAAUUGGACUGGUGGUUGUGUGAGGCGUACUGAACUACUUUGUCAAGGAAACUCUACUGGGAGACAUGUAAACGUCUUCCAUCCUGUUGCCAACAUAAAACCUCCAGACUUUUACGAAUUUGUGUCCUCCGGGAGUGCAGAAGAAUGCUACCAAAGUUGCCUCCACAAUUGUUCAUGCUUGGCCUUUGCUUAUAUUAAUGGAAUAGGGUGCUUAAUUUGGAACCAGGAGCUAAUGGAUGUAAUGCAAUUCUCUGUGGGAGGAGAGCUUCUUUCUAUACGUCUUGCAAGUUCUGAAAUGGGUGGAAACCAGCGCAAGAAGACCAUUAUUGCUAGUAUUGUUAGCAUUUCUCUUUUUGUGACAUUGGCUUCUGCUGCGUUUGGUUUCUGGAGAUACAGAUUGAAACAUAAUGCAAUUGUAUCGAAGGUUUCUUUACAAGGUGCAUGGAGGAAUGAUUUGAAAUCAGAAGAUGUCUCAGGUUUAUAUUUCUUUGAGAUGAAGACCAUUGAAAUUGCCACCAAUAAUUUCAGUCUCGUAAACAAACUCGGACAAGGUGGAUUUGGUCCAGUUUACAAGGGAAAGUUACAAGAUGGGAAAGAAAUAGCUGUAAAACGGCUUUCCAGCAGCUCUGGACAGGGAAAGGAGGAGUUCAUGAAUGAAAUACUACUCAUCUCAAAACUCCAACACAUAAACUUGGUUCGGAUUUUAGGAUGUUGCAUUGAAGGAGAAGAGCGACUGUUGGUUUAUGAGUUCAUGGUGAACAAAAGCCUUGAUACUUUUAUCUUUGAUUCAAGAAAAAGGGUUGAGAUUGAUUGGCCUAAGAGGUUCAGUAUUAUUCAAGGAAUUGCGCGUGGUCUUCUCUAUCUCCACCGUGACUCACGCCUCAGGAUAAUUCACCGAGAUGUGAAGGUUAGCAAUAUUCUUCUUGACGAUAAAAUGAACCCGAAAAUAUCAGAUUUUGGAUUGGCUCGGAUGUAUGAAGGAACCAAAUAUCAGGACAACACUCGCAGGAUUGUAGGAACUCUAGGAUAUAUGUCUCCUGAGUAUGCAUGGACUGGAGUUUUCUCUGAGAAGUCCGACACCUACAGCUUUGGAGUUCUCUUGUUAGAAGUUAUCAGCGGAGAGAAGAUCUCGAGGUUUAGCUAUGAUAAAGAGCGCAAAAACCUUCUUGCAUAUGCGUGGGAAUCUUGGUGCGAAAAUGGAGGAGUUGGUUUUUUGGAUAAAGAUGCUACUGAUUCAUGUCACCCAUCUGAAGUUGGAAGGUGUGUUCAGAUUGGUCUGCUUUGUGUUCAGCACCAACCUGCUGAUAGACCCAACACACUUGAGUUGUUGUCUAUGCUCACAACAACAUCAGAUCUUCCACUACCUAAAGAACCCACAUUUGCAGUGCAUACUAGCGAUGACGGAUCCCGCACUAGUGAUUUGAUUACAGUCAAUGAGGUGACACAAUCUGUGGUGCUAGGGCGUUAAGAACAAUGCUUUACCAUAGUUUAAAAUGAUCUAAUUUUCAGUGUUUGUACUUUGUAACUUCAACAUACAUUCAUAAUUUACUUACAUUUUCAAAUAAAGGGGUUUGGCAUUUUUGCUCUGUUCUCGCUGGUAACAGUGACACACGCCAAUGUUACAUAAUGUAACUUACAUUAGACACACAAACAGUGACAUUAAUGUAAAGAGAACCGUAGCCUUCUAAUUUAUGCAACACAACAAAAGUGUAUUCAAAUACAUUUUGUAAGAGGAAGCAAAACAAUGCCAAUUGCAUUCGCUAAAACCGUAAACCAAAUAUUCAUCAUAGGAACAUACUAAUCAAAACAAAAUGACAUUAUCCGCGUUAACCAUUCAAGCCAUCAAAGAGUAGCAGAAAGACCAUCCGCAUACAACAAACGACAAGACUUGUGGACUGGAAGCACAGCAUCAAACCACUCAACUUUCCCCCAAAUCUCAUCUCCAUCACCACGCCUUUCAAGCGAAAUCUCCGCACACCAAAUCACAUUCUCUUUACGUCUACUUGAAUAAUACACAGACGCAUCCCACAACACCAUCAUC